AUGCUUGUUAGUGCCUACAGGGGUAUUACAAAGUUCUUCGCCGAGGAGAUUAAGGCUAGCAAGAUUACCGAGAUUGCUGCCGAGGCCCCUCUACCCAUCAGCCCCACUAAGACUCGCGAGUCUGUGAGCCCCUUAGCGAUACGUAAGGUUAGAACCUCUACCAACAAUCCCCCUAAGCCCAGAUCGAAGAUUCCGAGAACUAGUGCCAGCACUACGGCUCUAUCGAAGGAGCGUGUCGGUAGCGACAGUGACGACGAGGACAUGCAGCAAGGCUUUAACAGGGCACAAGAAGCCUCUAUACGCGGGUCCCUUAACGGUGCGUCGGAGGUAGGUGACGAUGACGACGACAUUAACGCCCUGCUUAUAGGCUUCGACAACCACUACAUCACCUCUCCGCCAGGAGCUGCAACAGGAGAUGAGAUGUUUAACGCGACUAAGCUGUACGCUAGCACUAGCAGAAACCGCAGGCUUAGCGGUGUAAGCUACAUCUCACGUAUCGGCGGCCGUAGAACCAGCGCAGGCACCAUUUACCCUACUCGCGGCAGUUCCUUAUUUAGUAUCAACCCUGCUACUAGGGCAGUUGGGUUCGUCGUCGAUCACUCGAAGCAGCUAAAGAAUGAGAUCGUCUCUCGCCUUAAAUCGACCCCUCCCCCUAACAAGGACUACUACCGCUAAGUAUCGGCUUCGGGUUCAGCUCCUGUACUAAGAAGGAUUUUACAAGAUAUUAAGCUUCUGAUCGGGAUUGACGAUAGGGCUAUUGACGACAGGGAUAAUCGACGACAGAGUAGGGGGCAUUGAUGCUAGGAGUAUUUAACGGCAGGAGGAGUGCUCUAUCGGUAGACAAGCAUAGCUUCGGUUGCAUUUCAUUUAGCGAGACUUCCAGAGACAACGUUUGGCGUUUGGUAUGAUACACAGUAUAGGUCCCUUAACCCACA